AUGGAAUGGGUCGAUGGGACUACGAGCCUAAUUGAACCAACUCCUGCCCCCACCGCUCUCCCCUCACGGUUCGCCCCACCAGAUCUAACCCUGUCCUCCUCCUUCGCCCUAACCCCAUCCCCUAGCGCCUCCUUCUACCACCCCUGCCCCUGCGCCGCCGGUGACCAGAAAAGCUCAAGGACCUCCAGCGGGAAGUCCUCGGCCAGCUGCCAAGCAGGGCCAGAUCCACCGGAGCAGUCAAGGGGAUACGCGUAUCGAAGCAGUAUCGGUGUCCGGAUAUCUCGGUGUCCGACCUGGAUCGCCACAUGUUCGGAUAUCUCGGUGUCCGACCUGGAUCGCCACAUGUACACCGCCGGCUGCCCAGACCCGGACAUCGUGAUCCGGACCUCGGGCGAGACCCGGCUGAGCAACUUCCUCCUGUGGCAGACGACGUUUAGCCAUCUGCAGAACCCAGACCCCCUCUGGCCUGAGUUCUCCUGGAGGCACCUCGUCUGGGCGAUACUGCAGUACCAGAGAGCCUACCCGUACAUUGAGCAGAACAAAGAUCUGGCUAAGAAGCAGCUGUGAGUGAGGGAUCUCAUCUCCUUCGGAAGGAGAUAUAUGCAGAUGUUAAUCAAGAAGAUACAAUAAUAACAGAACAGGCCUGGCAUUGAAGCGUCAGUCUGUGAAUAAGGGAUCUGAUCUCCUUUGGGAGGGGAUAAGCAGAUGCCAUGAAAAAGAUAGUACAGCAACCUGUUGAAAGUUGGCCUAAUAUUUUUCGUGUAUGAGAAGAGUGUAAUUAUGGAAACCAUGUGUAUUAUGAUGUACUAGUACAAUUCUUCGUUUUUGCUGUUGUGUUAAACGUCAGCAAUAUCUUGCCACCUAGGCUGAACACGGGAGCCAAGUCGAGAAAAUUGUAAAGCUUUUAAUGGUACCUGCCAUGGUGCCAAGCUUA